AUGGCUUUUUUUUAUACUCUUUCAACCAGAUUACCAACAUAUGAAAUGGGUGAUUAUAGCCCUCACGUUAUUUCGAAUAACGUCGACUAUAAUCCGUCGUCACAAGAAAUUAAGAAAUUUCUUGAUGUUGAAGUUUAUGAAAACAUAAUAGUCAAUGUUGAACCUGAAGAAAAAUUUUUAGCAUACUUUACUCAUAGUGGAUAUCAUAAUCAAAGGAUUGCACUUGAGAACGCUUUAUUAUUAUCAAAAUUAUUAAAUCGAACAUUACUUAUCCCACCAGUUUUACUUGGACCACCAAUUCCUUGGGUUAGAUUUGAUAAAAUGUAUGAAAGAUUAUUUUUAUCUACAAAGAAUGGAUUGGAUCAUUGUAUAGAUAUACCAAAUGAAUAUCCAUUACCGGCCGAAUGUCUUGAUUAUUAUACUUAUACAUCAGUUUCUUGGGACUUUUUAUUGGAUAUGAAACCAAUUAGAAAAUGGAAUAAAUUAAUCGAUCGAAUUGAUCAUUCUUUUGAAUGGCUUGAAAGUAACCUUGUAAUUCAUUUGGGAUCAUUAUUUGGAUCAUAUCGUGUAAUACCUGAGUUACCUACUAAUAAAGAACAUUUGAAAUUUAUUAAACAACAUCUCGUACCACAUAAUUCAUUUAUACAAAAAGCUGCUGAACGAGUAGUUGAACAAUUGGGCGGAGAAAAGAAUUUUAUUGGACUACAUAUACGUGUUUCGGAUGGGUUUUUUAUGAAAACUGCUCGUCAAAAUAUUGAUUUAAUGUAUCACACCAUUAUUAACAAUUAUACAAAUCUUACACCUGAAGAAAUUGAUAAAUUAGAAGGUGGUACUCAUUAUCAAGAUAUAUUAGAAGACGAUAGUGUAGAUUUAGGCGAUGAAAAUCCAUAUAAUAAAAUGGCAAAAAUAACGAAAAAGGACGAAAAUCAAAUGGCGGGAACAGGAAGCUUAAAUAGCAAAAGGGCUUAUAUACCAGAACUUUCAAACAAAAUUAAUUGUAAAAGUUCACUUCAUCCACUUGAUCAAGGUGUUAAUACUGUUAUAUUUAUAGCUACUGAUGCAGCGUCUCCUAGAACCAAUCCUUUAUUAUUUAAAUUUUUUAACACUUUUCCUUGUGUAUUUGUUUUAGAUGAUUUUGGGCAAGAUUUAAUUGAUAUAAAGUAUGUUAGAAAUGCUCAAGAUAAAACCCCUUUAGCAAAGUAUCUUAUCCCUAUGUUGGAUGCUAUGAUCUCUGCUAAAGGUUUUCAAUUUAUGGGCACUCCUAAAUCUACUUUUAGUAAUUAUAUUAAUACAACUUUACAUCCUAUUUACACUGGAAAAGAAUUAACGAUUAAAAUUACGACAAAUUAG